UAUGAUAGGAAGAUGGACCGGUGGAUGUCAAUGCUUAUAAUGAAGACUCUUGUGUUUGUUGUUCUUGUUACAUUUGUUACUCCGACGAAACAGAAUGCACGCCAAAAACGCGCUUGGGUUGUAGAUUCACUUUCUAUGGAGGAGGAGAAUGCUGGUCCUUUCCCAUAUAAACUGGGUGAUUUAAACAUUGAGAAGAAGAUUAUCAGAGAAUACAUCAUUCAUGGACAGGGGAUUGAUGAAGAUCCAAAGGGAAUUCUUACUAUUGACAGAACUGAAGGAGCAGUUUAUGCUAAUGGAAAAGUGGACUAUGAAAAACACAAGAGUUUAACUAUCACAUUUGAAGCAAAUGAAAAAUCUAAUAAAGCUUCACACAAACUUGCAGUGGACAUUGUGAUUCUGGAUGUUAAUGACAACGCACCUGUUUUUAAUAAGCCCGUCUAUGAAAUCACCAUUGAUGAAUCGACACCACAAGGUGAAAAUUUGGUCACAGUGAUGGCAACCGAUGAAGAUCGAGAUGGCACAGGAAACUCGUGGGUGACAUUUAGGAUUGUGUCAGUGACUCCCAGCCCCUCCAAUGCUGAAUUCUUCAUUCAACAAACUGAUGGAGAUCAAACAGGGAAAAUAUCUUUCAAAGGUUGCCUUGAUUAUGAGGAGGCACAGAAGUACACUAUUCUGGUUGAAGCAAAGGAUCAUGGUGAACAGAUGCAACUUUCUAGCACAGGCACAGUGAUAGUGAAUGUUAUCGACAAAAACAACCAUCUACCAGAAUUCACUGAUAAAACAGGCUUUGUGAAAGUAAGAGAGGGAAAACGUGGUGAACCUGUUUAUCGACUGCAGGUGACAGAUAAAGAUAGCAGAGGAUCUGCAGCAUGGAUGGCCAAAUACUCCAUCCAGGGUGAAAACGCAGAUCACUUCAUGAUUGAGACUGAUCCUGAUACAAACGAUGGAGUCAUUACAGUCGUUGAGUCAUUGAAUUAUGAAGAGAGGUCCAACUUAAACCUGACAGUCAGUGUGGAGAACGAGGAUCCCUUCUUUUACUGUCGAGUUAAAGGACGUCUCAGUGAAGGCCUGUGGGAUAUAGAAAGCUUUAGAGGAAAAUCCAGUUUCACAGCCGUGUCUCUACCAAUGACUGUUAUAGUGGAAGAUGUUAAUGAACCACCUUUAUUCAUGGAGACCAUCAAACACGUGUAUGUAAUGGAGAACGUGAAGAUUGGACACAACCUGUGGACGUUCAAAGCUGUGGACCAAGAUCAACUUGAUUCAGAUGAGAUUGUAUUCAUUCGAGAAAAAGAUGUAGGUGGCUGGAUAAGUGUAGAUUCACAAACAGGUCUUGUGUCAACAGCUAAAGUUCUGGACCGAGAGUCGCCCUUCGUAAAAGAUGACACUUACACUGUUGUAAUAUAUGCUGUUGAUAAUGGUAUGCCAUCAAUGACCAGCACAGGGACUUUAAUUAUUCAUCUGAGAGAUGAGAACGAUAAUUCGCCUGUUCUAGAGGUUGAAGAUCUGAGCAUGUGCUUGUCUGAGAAAGCCACCAACAUAACAGCCAUCGAUCCGGACCUGCCUCCAUAUGGAGCGCCAUUCCACUUUCAGCUUAUGGGAAAUGUUAAAGGAAAAUGGAAGCUCGGUUCCACCUACGGCACAACUGUAAGGUUGAUCAAAGAGGACACUGUGUUUGUGGGUGAUCAUAAACUCACAGUGAUGAUUUCUGACAGCCAGGGCAAAUAUUCACACCAGAACAUUCUGGUCCGUGUAUGUGACUGUGAUAUUACUGCAGACUGCAAUGAGACCAGCGCCCCGAUAAUAAAACUCAAUGUCUUUGCCAUCGCUGCUUUAACCAUCAGCCUCAUAAUUCUGCUGGGCAUCAUGUUAAUGGCUUGCAAGAUGAGAAAUGAUGCGCAGAAACAAGGCAGUAAAGAGCUGGAGGGAUCUGCGCAGUCUCUCAUUCAUUACAACACAGAAGGACCUGGAACUGACUGCACGAUCGAGGACAUCAUCUUAAUGAAAUCUUCAAGUGAAAUGUCUCAAAUCUUUAUCCCAAGAGGACACACAUUACUGAGCACACAGACACUGAGGAUGGGAUUAAAUGACUAUAGACAUAUCUGAUAAUGUGAUCUGAUAAUGCACAACAACAUUUUGGGUUUUGGGUUUUAAGCUUCAAGUAAAUGAAUCUGUGAUGGACACAGAUUCAUUCACAAACUCUUUGAGAGAAACUUUUCAGUCUUCAAACAUAAAGACAUGGUGAGAGAUGAUGAAGACAAGAUAAAAGAAAUCUCUAAUUUAAUGAAGGAUUCAUCAGUAUACAUAUAUUAUGGUUUAAUGUGUGCAUUGUUUUGACCAGUAAUUUGUGUAUCCUUUACAUAUUUAUAAUGCACACUGUAUGUCCAGCAUGGAAAUGCAGUUCAAAUAAUAAUGUGAUGACAUUAAUGUUUAAAAAGAGUUCCUGAAUAUAAAUCUGGAUCUUGUACAACAUGAUCUGUUUUAGUUUGAUCAAACUUUGCCUGUAUGUUUGGGCAGCCUGUAGUUAUUCUGCCUUAAGAAAAAUAUAAGAAACACAAGACAGCAGUUGUUUGGACUCUGUAAAUUAACGCACUGCAAAAAAAAUGAAUUUCUAGAAAAAGAAAAAAUGGCAGAUUUUUUUUGCUUGUUUUAUGCACAAAAUCAUUUAACUUUGAUAUUUUUGGUCUAAACACUAGACUUAUUUUCUUGGGUCGUUUUGAUCAUCAUGAAAAAGCAUCUUAAUUUAAGAAUUUUUAGAUAUUUUUACUGAAAACAAGACAAAAAUACUAAAAAUGUUUUCUUGAAAAUCAUUUUUUGCAGUGUGUGUAGUUAUAAGUGUGAUAUAUGAUCUGUGCCUAUAAGUAUUAAACAUUAAUUGCAUGAAAGUGAUACUGUAUGGAGAAAAAUAAUCACAUGCAGUACAUUUAAAUGUAUGUAAAUGUUCUCUUUCACUGAUAUGUUUAUCAUUAUAUGAAAGAUUUUUUAUAUGAGUUGAAUAUAGCUUGUGUUUGUGUUACAGUUGUAUAAUAGGUAACGUUGGUAAGUCUUUGUAAUAAGGUUGUAUUUGUUUAGUAAAUGCAUUAGCAUCAUUUAUUAAUUUUUGUUAAUGUUAGUAAAUGCAAAUACAAUUUAUGUUGGUUCAGUGUGCAUUAACUAAUGUUAACAGUUACAACAAAAGGAAUAGAAUAGAAGUAUUGUUCAAUGUUAGUUUAUGUCAACUAAUGCAUUAAUUAUACAGCCGUAUAAU